AUGCUUUCACGCGCUAUACUUCCACUCGCAAGACAGAGGGCCAUAAUAGCUGGCACCAGGCUGUCCCUCACAUCCUCAUAUGCCAGAUACUACGCCCGUGACUCUAAAAAGCCAUCGAAACCCAGUGGCUACACGAUCCCAUCCUCUGCUCCCUCGUCGGGGACCCUGUCGGACGACCAGAAGCCCAGAGUUGUUCCUCAGCCAAAGACACCUGCUACAGACAAAUUCUCGGAAGAACAAGUCGAAUUCGAGACAUCCUCUGAAUCACAAAAGAAUACAGCUCCUCAAUCUGCGGAGGCUGGGGCUAGGCCAAAACAACAGUCCGCCGAGAACGAGAAUGAGAAGUCAGAGCCAGAAAAUGUCAAUCAGCAAGAACAACCUCUUCCAGAUCUGACCCAAGGUAUUCCGUCUACUCUAGGUGCAGAAGUGGAGUCACAAUCGAAGCGCCGCAGUAGAGGACUCAAUCUGACCGAGGAUCCGGAGAAGGAAUCCGAGGAUGACGGGGGUCGUGGUGAUACUCCGAAAGACGAAUACGUCUCGUCUCUUGAAAGACGCAGAAAUAAAAUGACCAACUUGACCUUUGCUGCCUUCCUGGGCCUCUCUAUUGCCGGUACUGCGUAUCUUGGUCGCAAUUGGGAUACGAAGGAAGAAGAAAGUGCACACCCAGAUGCACCCUCUGGAUGGGGGUUCGGCCUCCUCUUUAACCGCAUCAAAGCCCGCUUGUCCGAUAUCACAAGCUACUACAAGGACCCGGCCUUUGAAAAGCUCCUGCCCGAAGAAGAUCCUCAGUUUAGACAGCCAUACACUCUCGUCAUUAGUCUCGAGGAUCUCCUUGUUCACAGCGAAUGGACCCGUGAGCAUGGAUGGCGAGUAGCGAAGAGACCUGGUGUUGAUUACUUCCUCCGCUAUCUCAACCAGUAUUAUGAAUUGGUUCUGUUCACAACUGUACCCAGCAUGAUGGCAGACCAGGUUCUGCGGAAGCUUGACCCAUACAGAAUUAUUAGGUGGCCCCUCUUCAGGGAGGCCACCAAGUAUGAGGAUGGCGAAUAUGUCAAGGACCUCUCUUACCUAAACCGCGAUCUUUCGAAAGUUAUAUUGAUCGAUACUCAUGCCCCUCACGCCAAACGCCAACCCGAAAACGCGAUAAUACUACCAAAGUGGAAAGGAGAUUCAAAGGACAAGUCACUUGUUGCUCUGAUCCCUUUCUUGGAAUACGUUGCUGGAAUGGGCAUCGAUGAUGUCAGACCUGUUCUCAAGUCCUUCGAAGGGACUUUCAUCCCUGCCGAAUUUGCCAAGCGAGAGAAGGCCAUGCGUGACAAGUUCGAGAAGCAACUGGCUGAAGAGAGAGCCAAGAGACCGAAACACAGUGUGGGUAGCAUUAGCUCCCUCUUUGGCAUAAAGCCCGCUGGAUCAUCGAUAGCUGGUCUUGAAGAUGGCCAAUCAGGUGGUAUCGAGGAAGGAAAGAUGCUCUGGGAUCAAAUCCGUGAGAGAGGCCAGAAGCAAUAUGAGAUGAUCGAAAAGGAAAUCCGAGAGAACGGCGAGAAAUGGCUGGCCGAAAUGGCUGCCGAAGAGGAGAAGGCUAGAGAAGAACAGAUGAAAGGAAUGAAGAACAGCUUGACAGGCUUCUUUGGAAGUGGCGGUAAAUAA